AUGCUGACACCAACACCACCGCAACGUCUACAACCUUCGGCAUCAUAUUCCACAAUACUAUUCCGAGAUAUCAGCAUUUCUCAUGAUCCCGAUUCAUGUGUUGUAAUUACCGGCGCGGGUAAGAGCUUUUUCUCUGGGUUCGGUCUGAAUAUUGGCUUUCCUAGAACAGCGAGUGGUGAGGAAAAGGUCGUCCAGCUAAAGGAUGAACACAUCACGGAGCACAGAGACUCAGGUGGACGCGCAGUUCUAGCAAUACAUCAGUGCUCCAAGCCCACCAUCGCGGCUAUCAACAGCGCAGCCGUGGGCAUAGGGAUUAUAAUGUGUCUUCCAGCUGUUAUACGCGUUGCUUAUGAAAAGGCAAAUAUUGGAUUCGUAUCCAGCCGUCGUGGUCUUGUCAUGGAAGCGUGUUCAUCCUAUUUUCUUCCAUGCCUCAUUAGCUUCUCUAGAGCCAUGCUCCUGACAACAAUCGGAGCAGUCUAUCCCGCUAACUCACCACACUUUGGCUCUCUCUUCGCUGAAAUUCUUCCAACACCUGAAGCAACGUUGGCCAGAACGCUCGAAAUGGCUGAUGAUAUCGCCAAAAACACCUCGACUGUCUCCAACAGGUUAAUGCGAAAUAUGAUGUAUUGUGGUCCGGACAGCGCAGAGGCGUCUCAUCUGCCUGAUUCGAGAGUCAUUUAUAGCUUCUAUGGUUCUAAAGAUAAUAUAGAGGGAGUACAGAGCUUCUUCGAGAAGAGACCGGCACGGUUUACUGGUACACUUUCUGAAGAUACUCCGGAAGGUUACCCCUGGUGGAAUCCUGUUGAUAUUGGUCAUAAAUACCCCAGAGGAAUCUUCGGAUACGUCAAGGCUAUAAUAUAA